AUGAGUGACAUUCGCCAUUCUCUCCUGCGGCGUGAUGCUCUUAGCGCAGCAAAGGAGGUCUUGUACCACCUGGAUAUCUAUUUCAGCAGCCAGCUCCAGAACGCUCCUGUGCCGCUGGUCGAGAAAGGUCCUAUUGAACUGCUUGAAGAGUUUAUCUUCCAAAUACCUAAGGACCGCAGUUCACAUGGCAAGCGACUUGGUGCCAUACAAGAGCUGCAGUUGUUGGAGAUCCUGUGCAAUUACUUCCAGGAACAAACCAAGGAGCCAGUCCGGCAAGUCAUCUUCAACUCUCUAUUCAGCCCACAGGGAAAUAAAGGGGAUGAGCAGCGUAUGGCUCUGCUAGGAAAACUGACCUCUAUGGCAGUGGCGGUAUGCAGGGUGCCUGUGCUGGAGAGCGCUGCUUCCUGGUUGCAGCGUACUCCAGCUGUUUACUGUGUCCGCUUGGCCAAAGCUCUGGUAGAUGACUAUUGUGGCCUGGUGCCAGGCUCCAUCCAGACGCUGAAACAGAUCUUCAAUGUCAGCCCCCGCUUCUGCUGUCAGUUUAUCACUGCUGUAGCUGCAUUCUAUGACAUGUCCACAGAGGAUCUCUUACCCCCUCAUGAUCUUCUGGAAAUGAUCGUAUCCUGGAUUUUUGAAGAUCCUCGCCUGAUUCUGAUCACCUUUCUCAAUACCCCCAUCACUGCUAACUUGCCAAUUGGCUUCUUGGACUUCUCCCCACUAAUGGGUAUGGUUCGCUGGUGUAUAAUUGCUCCUCUGGCCUACAGUCGCAAGCAGAAAGCAGCUGGUGGAGAGCCAAUUAGAGAUAAUCAGAACCUUUACUCCAAGCUCCAUCUGAGUGUGCUGCAAGGACUCAUGGUUCUUCAGACUCACCUUACAGAGAAAGGACUGUAUGGACGUUUGGCACUUGUGCUGUUUGAGCAGCUUGUACCACUAGUUGAAGAAUUAGGACAGCUUUGUGAAGAGCUUAACCCUCUAAAUGCUGAGCAAGAGAUGGAAUUGGCAUUAGAUCGGCUGGCCCAGGCGUUACAGGUGUCCAUGGCAACAGGGGCAUUGAUAUGCUCUCGUGGUAAGUUAUGGAUGAAAGUACACUAA